AAACCCCAAGCUCUUGGCACACGACAACAUGCCUACACUGGACCACAUCAUCCUCCUCGUCCCCUCGCUCUCGGAGGCCAUCGCAGAGUUCUUCUCCUACGGGUUCAACCUCGUCAGAGGGGGCACGCACUCAGACGGCCUGACAGAGAACGCACUCUUCAUCCUCUCAGACGGGACGUACAUCGAGUGCAUCGCCUUCGUCCCCCCAGCAGAAGACGAGUCGUCGGACAGGACAGCGCAGCGGGAGGCGCACUGGUGGUGGAGGAAAGAACCGGGGUUUAUCGACUGGUGCCUCGGUCCGGGUGUGAUGGAGAGCGGCGUGAUCGUCAAGACGAUCAACAAUGCUAGCGUUGGGUUGCAGUAUGAUGAGCCUGUACAGGGGGGAAGAAGGACAGCCCAAGGGCAGCAGAUCAACUGGCUCGUCUCUUCCCCUAACGUGGCUAUCUGUGGGCCAAGAGGGAGGCUCCCGUUCUUCUGCCAAGACGUGCCCAAAGACAGUCGGUAUCUACGCGUACCACACCGGUCCGCGAACACAAACACCACCCUGGAGCGGAUAACGAUCCUCGUCCGGCCCUCCCGGCUCGCCGUCUACCUAUCGCACAUCACCGCCGUCUUCCAGGCAUGCAACGCCGAGUCCCUUCCAUCUGAAGAUCCGCUCUUGUACGAGUACAGAGUUUAUACGCCAGGCGCACAGGGGACAGUGCAGAUCACGAUCCGCUCGCCGAUGACGUUGAGUGAGCAGGAAUGGGCGAGUGUGCAUGGGGAUGGGAUGUAUGAAUGUGUGUUGAAGGUGAAUCGGAGGUUGGGCGAGGCGUGUGAGAUCCAGCAAGCGAGGUUCGCCUUUGAGUAUGAUGAUUAGGGGUCGGGUGUACGGGGGUCGAGCGGGAAGGGAGGGGCGAGUGGGCGAACGGACAUGCGAGUGAGCAGGGGAGAGAUACCAGGCGGACUCCCGGCAGGUAAUACAAAGGAGCACAAGACAGCGAA